AUGUCAGUUCAUGAUUUCAAGAAGCAUGGGAAAGACUUGAUUGAUUACAUAUACCAGUUCAUGAAGACUAUAAGCUCAAGAAGAGUCAAUUCUGAUGUAGAACCUUUUUAUCUUGUAAAAUUACUCCCGGAUGAAGCACCUCAUGAACCUGAGGAGUGGGACAAAAUUAUGAAAGAUGUUGAAGACAAAAUAAUGCCUGGGGUCACACAAUGGAAUCAUCCCUAUUUCUUUGCUUAUUUUGCAAGUGCAAAUUCAUAUCCUGGGAUUCUUGGAGACAUGUUAUCAAGUGCCUUAGCAUGUCAAGCAUUUAACUGGUUUGUGAGUCCAGCAUGCACAGAAUUGGAAAUGGUUGUCACUGACUGGUAUGGUAAAGCACUUGGGUUACCAAAGUCAUUUCUCCACUCCAGCGGACCAAAAAAGGGUGGUGGUUGCGCACAAUACAUUUACUGCUGUGGAAUUACUGCAAGCAUUGAGAAGCACAGUAAAAUUGUUGUAGAUAUAAUUGUCAGCAGCAAUGAAAAGUCAGGGAUUGUAACAUUUUUAUUUUAA